AUGGAUGAUAAGACGAAAAAAGGGUAUUACUAUAUUCUGAUGGCACCAGAAGUGCAUUGCGCGAACAAAGCGGGCACUCGUAGCAUCAAAUCCGAGCUAAAACGCUUUAAACUGGAUCGAGUUGAGAUUUUAAAAAUCGAUAUUGAAGGUGCUGAACUUGAAGCUUUACCACCUUUACUCGAAGAAGUCGUCAUUUGUCAGAUCUUGAUCGAAAUCCAUGCGAAUCCGAAAGAAUUCGUCGAUUUCAUUGUAUUCAUGGCAAAGAAAGGCUAUCGUAUGUUCCAUUUCGAGAUCAACGGCCUUUCAAUGGAUCUCUGCGAAUUCUCAUUCAUUCACGACUCAUGCAUGGAUCAAUUCAACGCCAUCCCGCUCGCUUAUUUCUGGGAGCUCAUUCCGGCGUUGAAAAAUGGGAAUUUAACU